UUUAGUCAGUCUUCUCUUUUCUUCCUCUUCUUCUCUGUAUGGAUUAAUGGCUAGUUACCAUUUCUAGAGGGAGAGAGAAGGAAGAAAAAACUAGAAAUAGAGAGAGAAACAAACUGUCAUUUGCUUCAUCUCCUGAAUCUUUGGGAUUUUUUUUCUCAUCGCUGUAAUCCCUAAUAUACUAAUAACUUAUUCAUUCAUCAAAAACCCUAAAUCUUUGUAUCCAUUUCUCUAUUUUCUUUAGUUUGUUUAUCUCUUCUUGGAUAAUGGCGACAAAUACAUUUUCUUCAACCUCAUUUGAGCUUCGUAGUUCUCUUUUACAAAGAAGUUUGGAGAAUCUUCCCAGGAGGUUUCGAGUAUUAGGGUGCAGAAGCAAGCAAUUCUCAUCUACGGAGUGCAAGUUGGCAAAGUCAUAUCAAGUGUCCAAUGGACAUGUAUCUGCAUCAGUGCCCCGAAAUCAAAAUGUUGCCGACUUCUUAGGUAUACGCCAGGAGCAAGAGAUUAUACAGAAACCUGUUCAGAGGUUGCGCAUAUUCUCCGGCACAGCAAAUCCUUUACUUUCACAGGAAGUUGCAUGUUACAUGGGUCUAGACCUUGGAAAAAUCAAGAUAAAGCGAUUUGCAGAUGGUGAAGUUUAUGUUCAGCUGGAAGAGAGCGUAAGGGGAUGUGAUGUUUUCCUGGUUCAGCCCACAUGCCCUCCGGUAAAUGAGAAUCUCGCGGAACUUCUUAUAAUGAUAGAUGCUUGUCGAAGGGCAUCAGCCAGGAGUAUUACAGCUGUAAUUCCAUAUUUUGGAUAUGCUAGAGCAGAUAGAAAGACCCAAGGGCGAGAAUCCAUUGCUGCAAAACUUGUUGCAAAUCUAAUUACCAAAGCAGGUGCCAGCCGUGUCCUUGCUUGUGAUAUCCACUCCGGACAGUCUUUGGGGUAUUUUGACAUUCCAAUUGAUCAUGUAUUAGGAGAGCCUGUGAUCCUGGAUUACUUGGCAAGUAAGAUGAUUUCUGCGAAUGAUUUGGUGGUUGUUUCUCCUGAUGUUGGCGGUGUGGCCCGAGCGCGUGGUUUUGCAAAGAAGUUAUCUGAUGCUCCAUUAGCAAUUGUAGAUAAAAGACGUCAUGGACAUAAUGUUUCUGAAGUCAUGAAUUUAAUAGGUGAUGUUAAGGGAAAGGUUGCGGUUAUGGUGGAUGACAUGAUUGACACAGCAGGAACUAUUGCUAAUGCCGCUGCUCUAUUACACCAAGAGGGGGCAAGUGCAGUUUAUGCAUGCUGUACACAUGCAGUGUUCAGCCCCCCUGCUAUUGAGAGGUUGUCUAGUGGACUCUUCCAAGAGGUUAUAAUAACAAAUACAAUUCCAGUAGCAGAGCGUAAUUACUUUCCUCAAUUGACGGUUCUUUCGGUGGCAAACCUGCUGGGAGAAGCGAUAUGGCGUGUUCAUGAUGAUGCCUCUGUGAGUAGCAUGUUCAAGUGAUGUCUCUUCUUCUGGCGUCCACAACAUUCUCUGUUGCAGUCCCCUUGAUUGCCGGUUUUAGUUUCAGGUCUUCUCAUCCGUAGCUAUGCCAAAUUUAUGUCUAUCAGUAUCCAUGCAUUUGCAUCUUUUUUCUUUUACAAGCUAUUCGCCGAUUCUCAAUAUUUUCAUCUAUGAACAUCUCCUAUCAGGUAUAAUCAAAGUUUAGUUACAUACAACACAAGUCUUGUUUAUGUAGGGUGCUAAUUGUUUCAUAGAUGAAUCUUUUUCUUUCACAAUUCAAGGAGGAAAUAGUAAAAGGAAUGAGAUUCUUA